CAGAGAGAGACAGCGAGACAGAGAGAGAGAGAGAGAGAGACAGAGAGACAGAGAGAGAGAGACCUGGCUAUACAGGAGGGUUUUACUCUCUACUUACCCAUGGCCCACUACAGCCUCUGUGUGUACGUCUGCAACAGUUAUCUCUAAAAUCGAUCAGUGUGAUGAUCUAGUGAUUAGAUUGGGAUUUUUGACCAGCUGAUUUAGCUACCAUGGCAUGUAGAUCUGUACGCUCCCUCACCACAGGGAAGGAUCUAGACACCCACACCAGCCCUCUGGCCAAUGAGGGAGGGGCGAACGAGGGACUCGGCAGACUCACCCUGAGGGAUGAGAGAGCAGAGAGGAGGAGGCGGAGGAACAGGAAGAGCUCCGAGAGGAGUACGGGAGGAAGAGGAGAGAGGAAGAGGAAAGGGAGGAGUCAGAAGGAAGAGGAGGAGGAGGGGUAUCUGUCUUUAGAGAAUAUAUUUGGCUCCUCCUACAUGUCCGGCACCACGCAGGUCAACGCGUUACAGCCCCCACAAUGCAACAGUAGAGAACCAACUCCGGAUCCAGUCGCAGAGAGGUUUGUAGAGUUGGGUUGUCUGGGAGACGGAGGCUACGGGACCGUCUACGCUGGUUACCGCAGAGAAGACAACCUACCUGUGGCUAUAAAACGUGUCCCCUUGGCCAAAGUGUUGCGCAUACCUGUGACUCAGAAUGGACAGCAGGUGGAGUUUCCCUUGGAGGUGGUAUUGCUGAGGAUGGUGGGAGGUAGGGGUGAGGCUAGGGGGGAGGGUAUGGGUGAGGGUAUGGGUGAGGUUGUCCCUCCCCCCCGUGCUGCGGUGGCCCUGCUGGACUGGUUUGAGAUGGAUCAGGAAUUGGUUCUGGUUCUGGAGAGGCCAGUUCCCUGCAUGGACCUCCAUGACUACAUUCAGAAGAGAGGAGGAACGCUGCAGGAGGAACACGCCAGGGUCAUUCUGAGGCAGCUAGUUGAAGCGAUGAGAGAGGUCCAUUCCAGAGGUGUUCUCCAUCGUGACAUCAAACCGGAGAACGUUCUAGUAGAGACCGGUUCCACCUCGCCUCGGAUCAGGGUUCUAGACUUUGGCUGCGGCUGCGUUCUCAGAGACGGGCCCUACACAGAGUGUUACGGCACGUCCCAGUACACCCCUCCAGAGUGGUUUCUGAGAGAGUCGUACCGUGCCGGUCCCUCCACCGUUUGGCAGCUGGGGGUUGUGCUGUAUGACAUGCUGUGUGGCGACCAGCCCUUCAACACACGGAGAGAAAUCCUCUAUGAAGAGCCUUACAUCAAGGACCAACUGUCCAGACACUGUGUGGAUCUGUUGAGGAGGUGUCUGGCGAAGCGACCCCGAGGACGGCCCACUCUGGAGGAGAUGCUGCUCCACCCCUGGCUCCAGCCGGUCCGCCCCCCUGGCUCCAGCCGGACACGCCCCCCCCUGGCUCCAGCCGGACACGCCCCCCCCCUGGCUCCAGCCGGACACGCCCCCCUGGCUCCAGCCGGACACGCCCCCCUGGCUCCAGCCAGACACACCCCCCCCUGGCUCCAGCCGGACACGCCCCCUGGACAGACCUGCAGCCUGUCACCUGAAGACAACACAUCUUCACUCGGGACAUAAAUAAACGAUUUUUAAAACAUUUUUUUUUUACCCGUCUUUGAAAAGUGAUUCCUUCAACGUGAAAAUGUAAACUUUGAACAAAUAUCAUACUUUUAUCAUUCAUGAUUUGUUACUCUGCACACACACACACACACACACACACACACACACACACACACACACACACACACACACACACACAC